GACAAGGGAUAUAGGGAAGAGCAGCGGCAGCAGACAACUGUGGGUGGAAGGAAGCAGUCAGCACCAUAGGCACCAUUAAUCACCCAGGGCCAUUGUGGUCCUGUCCUGUACACGGCGCCAGUACAGGCAGGCGGGCAGACAGAGAGAGAGAGAGAAGGAGGUAGAGAGUGGGAAGCAUAGGGAGAGGGAGAGAGGGGGCAGGGUGGCUGCAGGGAGGAAGAGGGGCAGAAGAUGGUUGGGGAUCAGCCUGUAUGUCCAGCUCAGCCCCUGCUGCGUGGCUGGGGAGCAGUGCUGCUGUCCCAGUGCUUGUCCUCCGUGUUCUCCCAGAUUCCGGAUCCUGAGCUUUUGCCUACAGAGCCCCCUAAGAAGCCAGACCCCGUGACCUCAGAGACCGUCGUUUUCUGGGGGCUGCGGUUGUGGCAGGUCAUUGGCAUCUUUGCGAUGUUUGGUUUGGCAGUUGUUAUCACCCUGUGCUGUAUAUUCAAAUGUCGAAUCCCGAGAACCAAAAAGGAAAUCGAGGCCCGAAACCAGCAAAGGCAGGCCGCCAAGAAAUACGCCAACACAUUAGAGACAGUGCCACCUCUGAACGAGCUGACUGAGAUCCCAGGAUCUGCCCUCGAUGCCUCUGCAGUACAAACAGUGUCUGAGCAGGUCCAACCUCAAAGUGCUGAAAACAGCCAGCUCUCUGUAGCUGGGGUCAGCGAGGAGCAGCCCAGCUCCCUCAGUUUGCCCGAGACAGCAUAAUUCUUCCUCCUUUGCUUCGAAUCUUAUCUUCUGUCACACUUGGUCACUCAUGGUUAAGUGACUUUAAAAAAAAAACUCAAAAAAACACUGUAUACACAUUGUUGACAAAGUCCCUUUCAUCCAUCUACACUCUAUAUAUCCUGUAGUCUUUCUUUAAUGCCUGAUGCAUAAUGCUUGGAGUUUAUAUACAGAAAGUAGAGCACAACUUGAAUUUAGCUGGCAGGCGGUUGAUGUGCAGAAGUGACGUUUACUCAUGGUUCCAGAACACAGAUCGUACUGCGUUUGACAAAUAUGAUUCUUUUAGAGCAGCUGGACCUUUGUAGUUUAUACUUUUGUAUUUUGUAAAGCUUGCAUCUUCCUUAAAGCCUAACUGCUUAUUGAUAAAGAUGCACAGAUUUGCAUGAAAAAGUUACAAUGAUAAAUUUGAGGCAAAGUUAAAGUAAUGCAUGCAGCUGUUUGUGCUCCACUCUACGCUUGUCUUUAGCUCACUGUUUCCUUUUCUCAGAAUUACUUUGACGAAAGCAAAUCAUCCAUACCAUUUCCUUCCUGUGUUAAUUAAUAUGGAUUAUAGAUGUCGGCGCUGGUGUCAUUUGUAAUUAUAAAUGCUUGUUUUCCUCUCAGGAUUUUGACUUGUGUUUACCUGAAGCGUCUCAACGUGCUCAGCUGUGUCUUCUCCAGGUUAGGAGCGGUGACGGAUAAGGCUUGACAUCUGUCUCGUCUGGCUCCUCCUGAUGAUUUAUUACGCAUUUGCAUGCAUAAAUGCAGAAAUUAAUUGUGAUGGAAAAAGCAUUGAGCUGUCAAUACGUUUUUUUUUUUCUUGCAAUGGAAUUUGUGUCAAAUGAAAUGGGCAUGAGAAGAGGGGGGGGGGAAUAAAUUAGAUGAAAAACUAUAGCGAGAGCGUCAGCCUGUCUUCAAUCUCCACAGAGAGUUGAUCUAAUAUGCAUCGCAGUGAAUCUUUUUGCGUGACCAUUUAACUAAUCAACCAUGUGGCCGAGAGAGGAGCUGAAGGGGCUGUACUGACUGCAGCCAUUAUAAAUAGUAAAGAUGAACACGUAUUUAUCAGCCGCUCUCAACCAUGAACUCCAAACCAUACUGUAAUUUGCUUCUAGGGCGAGAGCAGCAUCCCUGUGAGCAAAUAUGCAAAUUGCUUCCUUUCUCUACUGAUUACAUCAUGAAUUGUGCCACAACAAUCAUCUGACAAUACAGCGAAUGCAAUGAACAUCGUGAUAUAGAAUUAAAUUCAUAAGGAAAACUUUUAUGUAUUCAUUUUUUCAAAUGGGGGCUUGAUUAUGCGUAGGAACAGAAAUGUUGCUCCGUUGUAAAGACACUGAUUGUAAAUUAGCAGUUUAAAUAAAUGUUAAAAAUGAGCAUCAAGAUCUGUCUGAUCUCAUCUCCCUGAUGUGUCCGCGAAU